AUGUCGAGUCUCUUCGCUCCUGCGCCCGAGCCAGCCACCGAGCUCGGUCGCUACCGCAUCCUUUCCUCCACAGCGGGCCUCCGAGUGUCGCCCCUUCAGCUAGGUGCCAUGUCCAUUGGAGACGCAUGGACCGAUGUCAUGGGAUCCAUGGACAAAGAAGCCUCCUUUAAACUCCUCGAUGGUUUCGCGGAGGCCGGCGGUAACUUCAUCGACAGCGCCAACAGCUAUCAAAAUGAGCAAUCCGAGGCAUGGAUCGGAGAAUGGAUGGCUUCCCGGAAGAACCGCGACCAAAUGGUGAUCGCAACCAAGUUUACUACCGACUACAAGAGCUAUGCACUCGGCAAGGGCCGCGCCCCUAACCACUGCGGGAACCACCGCCGUAGUUUGCACAUGAGCGUGCGUGAUUCCUUGCGCAAGCUGCAAACCGAUUGGAUCGAUAUCUUGUACCUUCACUGGUGGGAUCACACGACCUCUAUUGAAGAGAUCAUGGAUAGCCUUCACAUUCUGGUGCAGCAAGGAAAAGUCCUCUAUCUGGGCAUCUCCGACUCUCCCGCCUGGGUUGUGAGCGCGGCCAACACCUACGCUCGAGACCACGGCAAGACGCCUUUCAGCAUCUACCAGGGACGGUGGAACGUGAUGCUACGUGAUUUUGAGAGGGAGAUUAUCCCCAUGGCACGACACUUCGGCAUGGCUCUAGCCCCCUGGGAUGUUCUUGGAAGUGGCAAGUUCAAGACCAAGAAGGCUAUCGAGGAGCGGAAGCAGAGAGGCGAAGGACUGCGAAGCAUGCUGGGUAACGGCGAGCAGACCGAAGAUGAAUUCAGAAUGAGCGAAGCCUUGGCUAAGGUGGCAUCGGAGCACGGUAUUGAAUCCGUGACAGCCAUCGCAGUGGCCUAUGUCAUGGCCAAGGCACCCAACGUGUUCCCCUUGGUGGGUGGCAGAAAGGUCGAGUACCUCCACGACAACAUCCAAGCGUUGAAGAUCAAGUUGACUCCGGAACAAAUCGAAUAUCUUGAGAGUGUGCGACCUCUAGAUAUGGGCUUCCCCAACAACUUCAUCGGACCUGAUCCUAAGGUGACAGGCCAGGCGAGUGGAUUGUUGGCGGCGAAUGCAGCUUUUGCCUUCUGA